AUAUAAAUUAUAGUUAUAAGAAUUAAUUGGUAAUCCGAAAUUUAAAAAACUGUUAUUAUUCACAAUUAUCUAUCGACGUUAAUAUGAUAUCAUAGGAUAUAUAGGUCAUGAGUUCAUUGGUUGAACAGUAGCGUCAAAUUUAUCGCUUAGUUGUUUCUAAAAUUAUCAGCUUUAAAGCUGGAGCGGUGCAGUGUUAAAAUAUUUAAGUAUAAAUAUUAAUUUCAUUAGUAAACAGAAUAAAUUCAACAUGUUUCUUGUGAAAAGUGUUUGUUUUUUGGGAAUGAUUGUUUUCAGUGUUUGCUCAAAAUUUUCAUCGUUGGAUACUAUUUAUCAAAAAGGAGUAGACGCCUAUUCAAGAGAAAGAUGGUCUGAGUGUAUUGUCCAUUUUGAAGAAUCAUUACAUUUAUAUAAGACUUACAAAACCGUUAUUAUAAACUGUAGAUUAAAAUGUAAUACUGAAAAUAAAUCACAAAUACUUGAACAAAUUGAAGAUCUUAAAAUUUACGAACUAUUCCUGAAUAGAAGAAAUUGUUUAAUAAGAUGUUUGGAUAACGAAUUUGAGAAUGUCUACAUGUAUAACAAUGUCUCUAAUAAAAUACUCUCUAAUUUUCAAUCUAGGAAACCAUAUGAAUAUUUACACUUAUGUUAUUUUGAAAUGAAUGCUUUACCAAAAGCUGCUUCAGCUGCAUACACAUAUUAUGUGGCAAACACUGAAAAUGAGAUUAUGAAAAAUAAUGUAGACUAUUAUAUUCUUCAACCUGAAGUAGACUCUAAAGAGGUGAUCGACUUGGAAAGUGAGGAUUACCAAGUAUUAUACAGAAUAGGACUAAAAGCAUACAAAUUGAAAAAUUGGGGUGAAACGAUAGCUAAUAUGGAGGAAGCUUUAACACAUUAUCUUAAUUGGGAGAAUUCUUGCCGUGCUGAAUGUGAACAUCUAUCAGAACAAGAUUGGACAUCUGAAUUUUCCAUAACAAUAGCCAAUUAUAUUGCAUCUGUAUUAACAUGUAGACAGAAAUGUCAGAAUAAUCCUAUUUUCAAUACUGGUGUUGAGUUACUAGCAGAAAUUCUAAAUUAUCUACAAAUAUCAUACUAUCACAUGGAGAGAAUUGAAGAUGCAUCACAAGCAGUAGCCACAUAUUUAUUUUUAAUUCCCAAUGAUGAAGAUAUGCUAGAAAAUAAAAAAAUAUAUAUCUCUCUUGUAGAUAAAAAAAGUUUCAGUGAAAGAUCUGAUGUAGUAUAUUAUUUUAAACGUGAUAAACAGGAGAAGAUGUUACUUAAUUUUUUUCUUAGUGAGAAUAAUGAUAAUUAUGCCUAAACAAUUUGAAUCAUAGAGUUAAAAAACUUAUUUUUUAUAAUUUUUUUAAUAAAAAGUAUAUUGUACUA